AUGGGUUCCGCUUGGACUGCCGACAAUGACCUCAUGUACUGGGUUUGGGAUGCUAACAGAAACAACCCUGUCGGAGAUAAUGCUACUCUCACAUUCGGCAUAAAUGGCAACUUAGUUCUGGCAGAUGUCGAUGGUCGUAUAGCUUGGCAAACUAACACCGCUGACAAAGGUGUUACAGGAAUAUCCUUGAAGUCUAACGGGAAUUUAGUACUUCAUGACAAAUAUGGGAGAUUUGUCUGGCAGAGUUUUGAUUAUCCAACUGAUACCUUCUUGGUAGGUCAGUCACUUAAGGUCAACGGUAAAACUAAUAGACUUGUUAGCCGUACAUCAGAUCGAGAUGCUCGUGAUGGUCCUUACAGUAUGGUCAUUAACCGUAGAGGGUUCAUAAUGUAUCACAACAGUUCAGGUGCACUUGUUCAGUAUGGAGGUUGGGAAGCAAAGGGUGCUUUAAGUGUAAAAUUUAAUUCAAUUCAACAUGAUAAUCCCAUUGCCGCUACUUACUUCUUAACUCUAGGCUUUGGAACACAAAAACAAGCAAACCUCAACUGCAGCAGUGUUGCUCCAUCCCCUCAACCGGGGACUGAUCUCAGUGCGGCCCCAGCCCCGGCGCCAGAGGAGCCUCUUCCUCCGGUUCUACCACGACAGCGCAGAGUUAUACUUGAGAAAGUUUAUAUUGGAGAUUCGAUAAUCCCAGGACAGGCGUACAAUUUUAAGCAUUCAUUUAUCAGGUUAGGAUCAGAUGGAACCCUAAGACUUUACACCUUGUAUCUGUAUACUGGUAAUAUGUUCUUUUGGAUCGAAGAAGCAUCCUUCCGUGAUACUGUGAAAGAAUGUGCAUAA